UAGGCAGCCCAAUUUUGGGGGUUCCUCUGCUGGUCUUAUUAGGCGCAUUAUUCCAGCCAUCCCGUCUUCUCCCACUCCCACUCCCGAGCUUCCACUUUCCCACUUACAACAUUCACCUUCCAUCACCUAGCAACCGUUGAUCGCCAACACAACUCGUCGCAAUUCAUAACAUCUACACCAACAUCUACACAUAUUUUUGUAUUGUUUCGCAACAUUCCUAUCCUCAUAGGUCCAUACAACUAUAUUCGACUCGAUUUUCCAAAUUACUCGCGCUUUUAACAAGUCUUUUGUUGCGCUGUGCGCAUUAAAUUUAACUUGUCGCGGUCGCAUUCAAAACCUGAGAUACAACACAUCACCCCAAUCAAUCUCUGGACACCCGACGCACAAUAGACACCUUUCAAAACAAUACUACAACUACACGCACGACAAGAUGCUAUUGCCAUCAGCACUUUCGUGCGACUCAUCGCAUCCACCUGUUACCAGGCUCCAACACGCACUUUUCGCGUCACCACCUUCCAGCCCUCCAUCGAGCGCACAUGGCAGUACAUUCGGCAACAUAGUCAGCUCUUGUCGCGCGCUGCAAUCGAUGCUCACAGUACCUUCAACAAGCAUCUCGACUGAAAAUAUUGUUGCGCCUCGAGCUUCGCUACCUACACCUCCAAUGACUCAUACUGCCCUACCACCUCUAAAGAUGCGCCUACGAUCGCGGAAAUCUGAGGCCAAUGGAGACGUCCUCCCGCGCAAGAAAGUUGUAAAACGGUCCGUUGCACCGCCUCGUGGUGUUAACAAGCGACGCCGCGCUAUCGAUGACGAUAUGGGACGCGAUGAUGAAUCAGACAGCGACUUAGAGUUUGGCAGUUCCUUCAAUAACACAGACACGGAAGGGAGCAGAGAUAUAGAAGAAGCAGCCUUCCGACCCAGCACACCUAAACGCGCGCGCAUCGCACCAGAAGUAAUCCCAUUAGGAUUAGAGAGAGCCGAUUACCACAACUUGCACGCCCCCAGCGGAAAGGAGAACAUGAUAGAAGGCACAGAAGUAGAGACAGAGGCCGAUGGCGAGUUGUGGAGUAAAGAAGAUGAUCGAAUACUCGUCGAACUGGUUCUGGAGAAACUCAAACUCUCCAAGACAGACUGGCAAGACUGCGCCCGGAGUUUAGGGAAGGACCGGGGUAGCAUCGGACGGAGGUGGAGAAGCUUGAUGAUCAACGGGGACGUCGGGUUGAAGUCAUCGAGGAAUCGGCGAGGCAAGAUCCACGGCACCUGGAGGUAAAUCCACAGGUUGCUGUAUCCGUUCAUUCACAUAUAUUUUCGAUUCUCAUUUACUAUGUAUUUUAUAUUUUUUUUAUAUUUACUUUGUUAUAUUUGGAACCUCGUAGAAAACGAGUUCUAGCUGUACUUUUUUACAUAACUGGCAUACUUCAUACUCGGAAGGGGGGAAAAGUGGCAAGGGUCGUGUGGCGCUGUGGAGGAGUGUACUUUUUUUUUGGAUUCACGGAUAAGAUAUACCAUAUCGCGCGGUGGCGGGCCGCGCUUGAUAGUUGAUUUUUCGAAGAUCACUUGCUUGUAUACAUAGAUAUUGAAUAUUAUAUCACAUCACAUCACAUCA